AUGGAUAAUAUCAAAAGUCAGGACAGCUGCAGCAACAACGACAUCGAUCGGCGCCGAGAGGAGCUCGUCAAAUUCGCUACAAACUGCUUAGACGCAGCUAGGCCCUGCAUCCCGGAACUCGAGGCGCUUCUCGAUGCCUUCACAGGCGCCCAAGUCACGUAUAUCCGGGAAACUGGCCUCAUUACCUGGCUACGGGAUCUUCGGCAUAAUGUGCAGGCCGUAGAGGCCACAAUCCAGAAGCUAAAGCAACCCCCACAACAUAGGCUACAUAAUGAGCCGGGUGGCAAUGGUCGAAGCGAAAAAGUUGCCAGCAAUAAUUCCGCAGAUACGGAUGGGGGCGAGGUCGUCACCAAGGCCGACUUGGACGCCAUCUGGAAGCGGCUUGAGCCGCGAACCACGGACCUCUCCCACACCACCAGCCGCUGGCAGGUGCUACGGCGGUGCGCCAGCCUCGUCACUGUGAAGCGUACGUUCCAAGGAGUGCCACGGGAGGUCCGACGCGCGGCCGUCCUCAAGCGCGGCCCGCAGACGGGUCAUGAGAAGAUGAUGCUUGACCGACUUAUCAAGGAGCAGGCCAAGGCCGAGGUGACCAUCGUCGACCGCGGCGCGUGCUGGAUCGACGUCCGCUGGAUCAGCACCAACCGUCUCGCGCGACAGAUGACCGACUCGGGCUGGUCCUGGGGCGAGUACCAAUCUGGCGAUAUCGUUGACCGCGACGAGUGGGAGGAUGCGCCGUUUGUCAAGCAGGUGCGCCGCGUUGUUGCCGCCGCGCGCUGUAACCGUCAUGAGUAUCGCUUCCCCACCAUCCGCCUGGUGCUGCCCAACCUAACCCGCGGCAAAAACGCGGACAUUGACGUACUCCUCGAGCAGCUCCCGCGGAUCGACCCGAGUGUCAACCUCGUCGUCGAGGAUGCUGCGAGCAACUUCUUGUCGCAGCCUGCGCCGCCCCUCGCCGAUACCAUCCGGGCGCUUGUCGGAUCAGGCAGCCUGCAAGUACCACUCACCGACACCAUCAACCUCGAGCACACGGUCCUCGUCGACCUCAUCUCGGACCUCACCCACCUGCGCCUGGAGCCGCAGCCGUGGCAGUCGCGAUCCACCCGCGCGCAGAUCGAGGAGGAAAAUGCGCACGCUGAUGGCGUCAUGGCCCCCGUGCUCUACCCGCUCCUACAGGGACGCCGGCUCGUCUGCACACACGAGGCCGCCAACCACUUCCACGCUAUGCUCACCACGGUCGGGACGGCGACGGAGCGCGAGCGCGGCCGUCUGCUCGUGCCGGACUACGGUGACGGUGCAGCAGGCAGCUCGUCCUCGCCGGCCACCGCCGUCCUUCGCGCGCGCUUCGACGCUCUCUCGGUGCGGCCUUUGCCCGCAGACAUACAGUUCCCCGUUGAGGUGCUCGCGGCUGACGAGCCGUGGAAUGAAGACCAGGUGCGGCGCCUGGUCGAGCAGGACGGCGUGUUACCGCCGGUCGCUCUCGAGAUUACGCGGUGCGGCGUCCUCCGCAGCUCCCGGUUUAGCACGUACAUGCACGGCUGGCGGGCUGACAUCGUAACCGUAACGUCGAACAAGGAGAUUCGCCCGCACAUGCGCAGCUGGGUCGAGGCCGCCCGCACCCACGAUGAUGAGCGCGGGCCGCAGCUCUACUGCGUUGAUGUCACCCGCAACCUGCUCGCCAAGGGUGCCCAGCCGCCGCCGGGCUGGAAUGAGAAGGUGUCGAACAAGGAGGGGGGAGAAGAAGCUUGCGCGAAUCUUUUGUCUUGUGAGGUUGGCGUCUCCAGCAACUGCAGUCGCAACAUGCCUUCUUACAUCGAAACUUGA